AUGGAUGCAGCUUUGAGCUUCAUGGCCGUCCAUGCCUUAGGAAAGUACAAAGCUUUUCGGGAAGACUUCGCUUCAGUGCAGAAGUACACGCAAGAAAUGCACGACUUGGCUCUAGCGCAGAUCUUAGAAGAGAGGCCAGAGGUGGUGCCGUCCGUGAAUCGAUUGGACAAGAAGUACAAGUCGCUCAUCAUCGACUGUUUGAGUGUGGACUUUGAGUUCAGCCAAUUUCUAUUGGGAGAAAACACGGUGGCCAAUCUGGUGAUGGUCAAGGAACGCUUGAAACCCCAUGGCCCCGAGGGUCAUGCCUUCUUCCUUUUCCGCAUCUUUGCGCAGAUGUGCGGCAAAAAAGGUCAGGAAAGUCAGAUUGGCUCAUUAUUCAUGACCGAAAGCAUGUUCAAACGCUGUACUCCCGGCUUGAAGGCGCUGCAAAGUCUCUGGACCUCUGAUGGUGCUGAUUGCUGGGCAGACUUCAUGCUCUUAAGAGGCUCCAAAGCCAUGUCCCGCUUUGCCUCACCGGAGCACGAGGCGUUGUCCAGGCUGUUGUGCCUCUUUGGGGCCUUUGACAAGGAAGAAGGCAGCGUGUUGUGCAACGCCUUUGACGAAUUGGACAGCGCCGAGCGGGGAGGUUUGACGCGAUGGCUCAACAGUGCCGGAGACUAUGGUGUGGUGAUCCCAAAUGCCUCGGGGAUGUUGCAAAAUGCCAAGAAAAAUCCGUCGGUCGGCUUGGUGAAUGCUCUACGCAUCAUGGUCAAGGUUCGAGAGGAGUGUCGGCGCCACGAGGAGGGCGGAUCUGGCCUGGCGAAUCUUCGCCGCGUCGUGGUGCAGUUUGCGGAUCUGGCCUCCUGGGCAAAGGACUACCAUGGAGAUCAUCCGGCAGAGGUCUGCUUGCGCUCCUCGGUGGAUCUGCAGGGCGAUACCAAGGUGAUCACUUUAGAGGUGGAGCCCAGCUCUCUUUCUCUGGCACCCAGCUGUGCGGCCAACACCGGCUCAAGGUGUCGCGAGAUGAGUGAAGCCUCACGGCGCUCGAGUUCACCCGCCAGCCCAGCGCCGCCGGGCCCAGCGUCGUUUUCGGCCGCCUCCCCCAGCGGACACCGGCGCUCCCCGGUGGUGCACGACUCCACGACGCAGACGCCGCAGCGCAGCGAGGGCAGUGGUGCCAACCUACUGGGGCCGGCACCAGGUCCGAGAUCGCUUCGGAGUUCCUUUUGUUUGGGGCGCUACACGUUGAUGUCGCUGUCCUUCCUCUGGGCCUUGGUGGCUCUCUGUAUGGGGGAGGCGGAGCUGACCUUAAGUUGGAGAAGCCUCCUUAUGUCACUCCUCAUCCUGGCCUUGAUGGUUCUAGCUUUAUAUGUUCAAUGUAACAAUCUGGAGAUCCCUGUGGAGACGGCCUCAGAGGUGAACCGCUUGGGUGCGGGUGAGCCCUUCUUGGCUCAAUGGGGUGUGGGGCCCAGGCACUUCAAAAAGCCUGGCAGCAGCAUUGGUUGA